UGAAAUCAUGACCUCAGCCAAAGUUGGACGCUUAAUCGACCAAGCCACCCAGGUGCCCCACAAGGACAAAAUGUUAAGCCCACCUCAGCAUAGCUUUGCGAAUCUCCCUGCCAUCAAAUGCCCAACAAUCCUUACGGUGGAAAGGUCGGCCUUUUCAUGGCCAUGGCAAUAUUCACCGUGCACCGGGACCACAGAACCCCAGGCAGCAGCAACAAGAUGAAACCCCUCCACACCAUUCCUGUUUGCCUUCCAAAAGCAUGCUGUGUCUAAAUCUCCCUUGUCUAUCCAGACUGAGGCAGAUGAACCCCGGAGGGUUUUUUUGUUUCCUUUUUUUUUUGAGGUCUGUGCUCAAAUGUCACCUUAUCGCCAUGGGUUCCUCGGAAGGAUCUCUCUCAGAAGAUGCCCUCCCCUCUCCCCCGGGGCUCACCACUUCCUCAUCUGAUUUUCUAUCAGAGUUUAGCAAAAUUUUCCUUAAAGGGACAGGGCCAAUAUUUGCAGCCAUAGUGUUUCCGCAUACGGUUUUUCAACUCUUACUGUAGCACAGAAGCAGCCAUAGGCCACGACCGGAUGGGUAAGUCAGACUCAUACACAAAGUGGUUGGCCAGAUUUGGCCACAUGCCUGCAUUCCGGACCCCUGUUCUAGAUGAAGGCGACUACGGAUCAUCUCGGGUCCUGUCCUUUCCCGUUACGGAGUUGCAAGCUUCGUGAGAGAAGCCACACGCUUUUGUUCACUGGAUCUUCAAUGCCAAGAGCGACUGGCAUCGACUCCAAUGUUCACGGGAUAACAGAAAUCCAUCCUUGCAAUACCUUCUGGUCCUACCGCGUCUAUUUCCCUCCUCCAGUGGCGGAGGUGCUCCUUCUGCUCCGUCUGUCCCCUCAGGAUGCUUCCCUUGUAUUUACUUCAACUAGGCUCCACCCUCCUCUAGAGCAGAGGUGGGUCUCUUCCAUUCUGGAAGCCCCGGGCGCGUCAGAAUACUUAACCGAACACUCUCUAUAGAUCUGCACGGAAAGAAGAAAUCGGUCACCACAAGAAGAUCGAGAAGGACCUGGAUCCGGGCUCCUGCCCUGGCCGGUGCAGACAUGGUGCCCCUGCUGCUGCUGCCCCUGCUGUUGGGGGGGGAGGAUCAGGAGUACCAGCUCCAAGUGAGGGAAUCCGUGACCGUGCAGGAGGGUCUGUGUGUCCACGUGCCCUGUUCCUUCUCCUACCCCUGGAAGUGGCGGUAUUCCCGGACGAUGCUCUACAUAUACUGGUUCCGGGAUAGGGACACCUCAAGCAACCGUUAUCCGGUGGCUACAAACAACCCACAGAGAGCGGUGAGGACGGAGGCCCGGGGCCGAUUCCGCCUCGUCGGGGACCCCUGGGCCUACAACUGCUCCCUGAGAAUCAGAGACGCCAUGAGGAGUGACGAGGGAGUCUACUUUUUCCGAGUGGAGAGAGGAGAAGACGUGAGAUAUACUUACACACAUACGACGAUGACUCUGCGGGUGGCAGCCCUGACACAGGAACCCGACAUCCACUUCCCGGAGCCCCUCAAGUCUGGCUGGCCCGCAGAGCUGACCUGCAGCCUGCCGGGGUCCUGCGAAGGGGAAAGACCUCUCACAUUCUCCUGGGUGGGGGCUGCUCUGGACUCGCUGGACCCCGAGACCCUGCACUCCUCGGUGGUGACCUUCACCCCGAGGCCGCAGGACCAUGGCACCAACCUCACCUGUCAGGUGAAACUGCCAGAAGCUCAGGCCACCGUGGAAAGAACCAUCUGGCUCAAUGUCUCCUAUGCCCCCCACAACCUCACCAUCAGCAUCUUCAGCAAUGUCACAGCCCUCAGCAUUCUGGAAAACACCUCAUCCCUUCUCAUCUGGGAGGGCCAAGCUUUGCGGCUGCUCUGUGCUGCUGCAGGCAACCCCCCCGCCGAGCUGAGCUGGUUCCGGGGGUCCCCUGCCCUGAAUGCCACCCCCAUGUACAGGACCCACAUCCUGGAGCUGCCUCAAGUCGGGGCUGCGGAGGAAGGAGUCCUCACCUGCCGAGCUCAGAACUCGCUGGGCUCCCAGCACGUCUCCCUGCGUCUCUCUGUGGUCUGCCCCCCGCGGCUGCUCGGCCCCUCCUGCUCCUGGGAGGGCGAGGCGCUGGGCUGCACCUGCUCCGUCCGAGCCCUGCCGGCCCCCACCCUGCGCUGGCGGCUGGGGGAGGGGCUGCUGGAGGGGAACCACAGCGACGCCUCCUUGACCGUCACCUCCAGCUCCGAGGGGCCCUGGGCCAACAGCUCCCUGAGCCUCAGGGGGCCGCUGGGCUCCGACCUCAGACUAGGCUGCGAGGCCCGGAAUGAGCACGGGGCCCAGAGCACCGACGCCGUCCUGGUGUUGCUGCCAGGGAAGUCGCUCUCCCUGGCAGAAACCGCGACUGCAGCUGUGGGAGGCGCUGGAGCCAUGGCCCUGCUGUGCCUGUGUCUGUGUCUCCUCGUCUUCUGGGUGGUGAAAGCCCGCAGGAAGCAAGCGUCAGGAGUUCAAGAGGCCAUGGCUAAUGAAGACCCUGUCAUGGGUACAGUCGCCUGGGGUUCCAGGAAGAAGCCCUGGCCAGACAGCCCCCCGGAUCAAACGACCCCUGCCGGGGAUGCCCCUCCCUCGGGGGAGCAGCAGGAGCUCCAUUACGCCUCCUUCAGCUUUCCCGGGAUAAAGAUGAGGGAACCUCAGGACCAGGAGGCCACCAGCACCAGUGAGUACUCGGAGAUCAGGACGGGCAAGUGAGGGCCGCCUGGAGCCAGGAAUCCCAGCCCCUGCGGGGAGAGGAGAAGUCAGGCGCCAACUGAUGAAGCGCGUGGAGCCCUGUGGCGAUAUAAAGGAGCAGGACUGUCCGGGUGUCCCCGGGUAGAGCAGAUUUGGGCUCAAGCGUAGCCUGUCAAGCAAGUCGCUUCAUCUCUGCGUGCUUCAGUUUCCCGUUCCGUAAAUCAGAGAUCAUGCCUUCUGCCUUAAGGUGGUUGUGAACAGUAAAGAAUUAACACAGAGAAAUCAGCCAACAGAGGUCCUAUCGCACCAUGGGGCUCAGUGCCUACUGAUCUGUCUUCUUUGGACAGAAGGUCCUGCUGGAAGUUACCCUGGGGCUGAGGGUGACCGCCCGGCACACAGUAGCAACCGGCUGGUGUCAUUCUCCUUCAAAGCCUCCCCAGGGAAAGACCAGCCCCUCAGCCUGCAUUUUGGUUCACGACACAGCAUCUUAUCAUCUCUGUGGGGUCUUCUCUGCGUCCCACUUGUAUCUGUCCAUUCUUCCAGCACAUUCCAUCACCUCCUGACCUCCAGUCCCUUCCCUGGCUCAUUUAUGGGCCCCCCACAGGGAUCCGUCCAACAGCCAGAGAGCUGACCCUGAGUCUUCUCCACAAACCAUUCAAGGCUCCCUAGGCUUAGACAAUACAUCACAAACAUCCGCCCCCACCCCUGGCAUUUGAAGUCCACCAACCCCCCCCAACCCCUGCUAUCUCCUGUUGGAAAAGAAACAAUGGGCCCCGAGUGGAGGCACUUGCCCCCACAACAGCAAACCCAAGACUCACUGUGGUUUCAGCCUCUCCCAGAAAUGUGACCUUUAAACAGUCGGUCUGAAAUUUCCUGAUCAGCACUGGUGAGGUCACCUGCAGGGUAAGAUCUUCCCCCCAAAAGAUGGCCCGAUCUGGGGGGAAAAAAAUCCUUCCUUUGUUUUGAGAAUACUUCCUCAUGCCAACCCUCCUGCCUUUAAACACCUUCUGCUACUUACAACUCCUCAGGGCACCCAUCUCCCUACUGGAAGGGACACUGCCCAAACUCAUGAGCCUUUGAUUAGAGCCAAUUACAUGCCCAGA